GGCAGGCGACGGAUCAGUAGCGCUGUGGCCGUGGUGAGGUGUGUUCCGUCGCGACCCAUAUUCCGCCAACCCUUCGCCUUUUCGGAGCCACCACCACACCUUCUCUCCCUCCCUCCCUGCCUUCCUCCCUCCUCCCUCACCUGUGGGAACAAAUACCUGCAAGGGAGGCGCCGCUUCUGAGGAGAUUCAAGAAAGGGUUUUUUCCUCCUCCUCCUCCUCCUACUCCUCCUCCUCUUCUUCCUCCUCCUCUUCCUCUCCUCCUUCCCCAUCCUCCUCCACCGCCGCCGCCGCCUCCUCCUCCAGCGAAGACAAACACACACAAUAAAGGUCUACCUGUGUGGGAAAAACAAUUACAGAGAUAUGGAGUCAUGGGUGAUAAUAGCAGCACACCUCCUCCUCCAGCUCGUCCACAGCAUCACAGGUGCAGCCCUGGAGGGCGUGAGACUGUCCGUCACGCCCACGACGCCGCCCACGCCCACGCCUUCACAAGCAGCCCCAUACUGGAUGCGUCCCGUUCCGCCAGAUCCCCCGACGGACACCUCGGGCGGGGCGCGGGGCGGAGCGGGGACAGAGGGUCCUGGGGCGACACACACCCCGGCGCCCCCAGACACCACGCGGGGCCUCCAGGAAACACAGGGGCCGGGCGGCGCAACCCACACUGUCUUCCCGCAGCUCCUCCCGCAGGAAACACUCGCGCCCCCAGCUUCCUCCUCCCCCACCUCGGCCACACAGACGCGGGACGCCGCUGCGGGACAGGUACCAGGGUCGGCCACCGUGAACCAGGUCACACCGGAGCCUGCCGCGGCGGGGACUGGGGCCCCCCAGGGUGCGGAACCCGGCGACUCUUCUUCGUCAAGAAAAACUCAGGUCACGUCGCUGCCAGGCUCCUCGAGUGGGCCGCCGCCCCCUCUGCCUCCCCGGCCCCCAUCCCGCAGCCCUGAUCACUCGGCGGCCAUCAAAGCCUCGUCAGGAUCUCCCGUCACCCCACUCACUCCCCACACCCCCUCCCCGACGGGGAGUCCGCCACCGAAUUGGGCCAAUGGGCGUCUGGGCACCUCCACCGGGAAUCCAGGCCACUCGGCGCACCCCCUGCCUCCCGCCCUACCGCCCCCCAGCCCCAUCGACACCUCGCAGACAGACCGAGCACAGCUGGCGAGGAUUUGGAGCGCCGGGGAGGACGAUCAGUGGGCGGGCGGCGGGCGACGGGGUGGCCUGAGGCAGAGGCCCCCGUGGGCAUGGACCAAGGGCAGGCGGCGGCGGCGGAAGCUGCCCGGAGAGCCUGCACCUCCCCUUCCUGACCUGCCUCCCGUCCCCGUCCCACGCCGUGCCCCGGCACAGACGCCCAGCCUCCCUGGGAGAGUGGAAAGCAGUUCCCAUGACAGCAUAGGGGGAGGGAGUGACGCGCGAGUUCCCACGAGUGCCGUGCAGGCGGCGCCGCAGCUGGAUGGCGGGGACGGCGCCGGCAGGUACGAGGUGCUGCGGCCCGGCGGCGGCCACAUCGAUUUCAAAGUGACGGAGACGGGCGAGUUCGAUGGGUUCAGCGUCACGCGGACCGAGGAGGUGGACGACGCGCCCCCCGACCCUCAUCAGGCUAACACCUCAUGGGCGGGCGUGACGCGCGGCGAGGCGGCGAGUGACCGUCACGACAGUCCGAGUGACGGGGGGAUCGCGGCUUCAGGGCGAGAGAAGCUCCCGGGGGAGAGUGACAGGUCGCCUGAGGGAACCCCACUACCCGAAGAUCGCACAAAUGACGCUCCCGGCGAGAUCUCCCUCAGCACCACCUCGAGUCAGGGAGAAGACGACAGGGCAGCGCCCUCCUCGCCCCUCCCCACCCUCGAGGACAUCUACUCUCGAGAACUUUCCCAGAUGAAACAGGAAGUGCAGGCUCCCCAGUACGGCCUGGCGCGGCCCCGGGCUGAGGCUGCAGGCGCCGAGGCCACCACGUUGCCUAGCCUGUACAACGGUGACCUCAUCCCGCCGCUGCCGGACCACUGGGGAAGACCCUGGUCAGGGGUUGGCCGCCUGGGGGACUUCUCAGGGGCAGUCAACACUCCGGCUCCCGCCCCUGAGGUGAACCAGCCCUUGGCGACUUUCCCGGCUCAGGUACAGACGGAAGUACCCGGGGAGGGGACGCCGUGGAACGUUGAGGGGAGCACGGGGCACCCCGCCACAGCACCGCCCCAUCCCCAGGCCGCGGCCCCACACACGUCACGGGAGGAUGAGAAUGACGGGGCGUGGCAGGCGCGGCACCUCACCGAACAUAAUGUGUCCACGGCAGGGACAGCGGCGACACCCGGCCCUGUCCCCCCGCCCCCCAGCGGCCCCCAGCACGAGGCGCGUCGCGCCGCAGACAUGAAACACGGAGGGGGGCGGCAACACACAACUCGCAAGCGACGCAGCCGUCACCGCGGGGGCGGGAAGGCGCGGGGGCGUCGUGGCCGGGUGCAGGGGAGCGGGUGGAAUUCGUGACAGUGGU